AUGCUGAUUGGUGUCGACGUUGGAGGAACAAACACAGAUUCGGUGCUCAUUGAUCCCACCAAAAUACACACAGACUCCCAUGGAGUCCUGGCGUGGAACAAGAUGGUCACCUCUGCUGAGGUUUCUGAGAGCAUUCAGAAAGGAAUCUCCAAGCUGUUUGAAGACCACAAGAAUGUGGACAAGAAAGACGUUGCCUCUGUGACUAUUGGAACGACACACUUUAUCAACGCCGUUGUUGAGCAGGACCGUGCGCGGCUUGACAAGGUGGCUGUGCUGAGACUCUGUGGCCCGUAUUCCAGGCACGUUUAUCCGUUUUCAGACUUCCCGAGCGGACUAACUGCAGUUAUCAAGGGCUAUAUCGGUUAUUUGGACGGCGGAUUCCAUGUUGAUGGGAACGAGAUCCAGCCAGUGAAAGAGGAUGAAGUGCUGGAACAUGUGCGCAAGGCCAAGAAGCUGGGCAUCACCUCUUUUGCCGUGAUUGGGAUUUUCUCACACAUGAAGCCGGAGCAGGAGGAAUUUGUCAAGGAUAUAAUUCUGAAAGAGAAUCCCCAUGCUAAGGUGAGUGUUUCGCACCAAGUUUCCGGAAUCGGUUUUCUGGAAAGAGAAAACGCUACGAUUUUGAAUGCCUCUAUUCUCCACUUUGCAGAGAAGAUCAUCUCCUCGUUUGCCAACGCAAUCAAGAAACUUGGACUCAGCUGUCCAGUCUUCUUGACGCAGAACGACGGCACUAUUCUUUCUGCCGCAGAGGCUUUGAGUCUGCCAAUCCGGACUUUUUCCUCUGGUGCCACCAACUCUAUGCGAGGAGCGUCGUUUCUAGCCAAAACCCACGGAAAGAGCGCCAUUGUGCUCGACGUUGGUGGAACAACCACCGACGUGGGACUGCUGCUAUCUACCGGGUUCCCAAGACAGUCCUCUUCGUACUCAAUUGUCGGCGGUGUCAAGAUGAAUUUUUCCAUGCCUCAUGUUGAGAGCAUUGGUCUUGGCGGUGGCUCGCUGGUCAGAGGCGACGGCGACGCCUUGACAAUUGGCCCUGACUCCACGGGCUCGGAAAUUGUCAAGCGUGCGCUGGUUUUUGGUGGAUCAGACGUUACUGCCACCGAUUGUGCCGUGGCAGCAGAGUUGCUGCAGGGCGGCAGUCUGGAGAUCGGCACAGUCUCUCACGUCAAAGACAAGUUCAGUCCGGAGUAUCUUGCUGCGUUCCAAAAACGGGCCAAGAUCAUGGUGGAAAAGGCGAUUGAUCGCAUGAAGACGAGCCCGGACGACAUCACUGUUCUUGCUGUUGGCGGUGGCUCGUUCAUUGUGCCGGAGCAGUUAGAUGGUGCGUCGGCCGUUAUCAGGCCGCCCUUCUACAGCGUGGCCAAUGCUAUUGGGGCCGCCAUGGGCAAGGUGUCGGUGGAACUCAGCGAGAUCAGACUGCUGGCUCCCGGAACCACAUCGAAGGAGGAGGUGCUGGAAAAGCUGAGAAAAAAGGCUACUGAAAAAAUCGUUGGCAAAGGCGGCCUCGAGGAUACUAUUGAGACCGUUUUCGUGUCUACCGACGCGAUCCCGUAUGUGCCAAACACGUUCGAGUUUGUGAUCAAAAUCGUCGCGGAUGUGGACUAUUCCAAAACUCCCAAAUUGGAGGUGGACGAAGGACAAUUUGAGUCAGGUACUCGCGAUAUCGUCAAGAGGUCGCUGUACGAGGAAACAAACACCACUAUCGAGGAGGAAGUUGAUUACACGACCUACAGACCCACCGUCAACGAAGACAGACAAUGGGUGUUGUCCGAAGUGGACCUCGAUUUUCUGGCUAUCGGGGCCUAUAUCCUGGGCUGUGGAGGCGGCGGAAACCCGUAUUCGUACAUGCUGGAGGUGAGAAACUACCUGCGCCAGGGCGACACUGUCACUGUGGUUGAUCUCGAGGACGCUCAUCGGUACGUCAAAGGGGAGGGAAGCAUUGUGGGUGUGUGCUACGCGGGCUCCCCGACGGUUUCGCACGAGCAAAUGCUGGGCGAGGCUUUGAUGGAGUCGUACGACAUAAUGGCCAAGUACAUCAACCGGAAGCCGGAGCUGCUGUUCCCCAUUGAGAUUGGCGGCGGAAAUGGACUGUGCACGUUCCAGAUCUCGGCGUCGUCGCGACUCAAUUUGCCUGUGGUCGACUGCGACACGAUGGGCAGGGCGUACCCCACGCACUGGCAGACGACGCCGGUCGUUUACACGCCGGAGGGCGAGUGUUUCUACGCGCCAAUGGUGUUUGCAAACGGAAACGGCAACUCGGUGAUCAUGGCGAGCUCGAAAUCGGACCUGCUGUUGGAGAAAGUCAUGCGUGCGUCGCUGGCGGAGCUUGGGUCUAAAGUGGGGGUUGUGAACCCGCCAAUGAGCCUGAAAGAUGUGGAGGAGAAGAACAUUCACGGCUCGAUCUCGCUCGCGUGGAGAAUCGGACGUGCUGUAAAGAUUGCCCGCCAAAAGGCCGAGAUCGACAAGCUGCCGCAGCGCAUCCUCGAGUCCGUCAACAACACGGGCAAGCUGCUGUUUUCGGGCAAGAUCGUCGACGUGGAGCGGAAACUGUUCAAAGGCCAUGCGUGGGGGGAAGUCGUUAUCGAAGAGGUUGACGGUGCGAGACGCAAAAUGACCAUUCCGUUCAAAAACGAAAACAUCUACUGCAAAACCACCGACGCAGACGGCUCUAACGAGGAGAUCGUGUGUUCCGUGCCGGACCUGAUUGCUGUGGUCGACGCCGCCACCGGCGAGGCCGUCGGUACCAGCGACUACCGCUACGGCCUGCUUGUUUUCGUCCUUGGCAUUGCUCCAAGCAACAAGUGGACCGACACGGAACGGGGCGUCCGCAUUGGCGGGCCAGCAGGCUUCGACCUGGACUUUGAGUACAAGCCGAUCUCCACAUAUAGCAAGCCUGUGUCGGUUAUUCAGGAGUAUGCUCACUAG